GUUUUUGUCCGUCCUCCUGAAGCUCUUUGUUCUUUCUCUCCGCCGUCUCUCUUCAUCCGCGCGACGCUUAACGAUCUCAGGUGGCCGAUCUUGUCUCUCGAAAUUCGCUCUCACUACUCUCUUAUCGUAUUUGUGCAUUUGACUCAAUACUGUGUCUCUCUCACAGCCAUGGCCUCCGCCGCAGAAGUUGACGCUGAGAUUCAGCAACAGCUCACCAACGAGGUCAAGCUCUUUAACCGCUGGACCUAUGAUGACGUUUCGGUCACAGACAUCAGUCUUGUCGACUACAUUGGAGUUCAGGCAGCUAAGCAUGCGACUUUUGUUCCCCACACCGCCGGAAGAUACUCUGUGAAGAGAUUCAGGAAGGCUCAAUGCCCCAUUGUUGAGAGGCUCACAAACUCUCUGAUGAUGCACGGAAGAAACAACGGAAAGAAACUGAUGGCUGUAGGGAUUAUCAGGCACGCUAUGGAGAUCAUCCAUCUCUUGACCGACCAGAACCCAAUUCAAGUCAUCAUCGAUGCCAUUGUUAACAGUGGUCCUCGUGAAGAUGCAACUAGGAUUGGAUCUGCUGGUGUUGUUAGGAGACAAGCCGUGGAUAUCUCCCCUCUGAGACGUGUUAACCAGGCCAUCUUCUUGCUUACCACAGGUGCUCGUGAGGCUGCUUUCAGAAACAUUAAGACUAUUGCUGAGUGCCUUGCUGAUGAAUUGAUCAACGCAGCCAAGGGCUCUUCCAACAGUUAUGCCAUCAAGAAGAAGGAUGAGAUUGAGAGAGUUGCCAAGGCCAAUCGUUAA